CCCUCUCUUUCCACCCUCGCUGCAUUGCGUUGCACCGUCAUGAUCUGAGUUGAGUACGUAAAGAUAGCUUCUGGAAAAGAUCGGGGAUGGCGGGUGGUGGCAGCUGCUGCUCGCUGCUGCGCUGCUUCGUGUCUCUCUUCUUCCUCCUCUUCCUCCACAUUGGCCACGCCGGCUGCUGCUUCUCCCCUGGUCCUGCCGAGCGGCCGCGGGAGGAGGACGACGCUGCGGACGUGGAUGCCGAUGGGAAGGUCGGCGGCGGGAGCAACAAGAGGAGGAAGAUAUCGCCGCUAGCUUUCUCCCCGGCGGCGUCAACCUCUGCUGUUGCCGAUGAGCGGAUCAGAGCCAGGCGCAGGCACGUGUCGUCCCUCGCCACCAGCCUCCGGUUCUACCUCCACCGCAUCUUCUCCUCCUCGGGGGCCAAGGCUAGCACCGUUGCGGUCAGGGAGGAGGAAGAGGCCGUGACCACCACCGUGCCUUCGCCUCUCGCCCAGUCACUGGCGCCUCAGCCUUUGGCGUCGGUGGUGCUGUCCACGCCGUCGUCGCCUUGCUCGUCGUCGCCGUGCAUGUCGCCGCUCUCGACGCGCUCCCUCAGUAAUAGUACCACUCCCGUGCCGUCCUGGCCGCAGAAGCUGCUGCAGGUGAGCAGGCAGUCGUCCAGGUCGUUCGCCGCCCGCGGCGACGUGUUCCCCUGCAAGGUGUGCGGCGAGGUGCUGAGCAGACAGCAGCAGUUGGAGCUCCACCAGGUGAUGAAGCACUCCCUCUCCGAGCUCUCCCACUUGGACUCCAGCAUGAACAUCAUCCGCAUGAUCUUCCUCGCCGGGUGGAAGCCCGCCGCUUCUAGCGCCGGCGAACCCCCUGUGGUCCGGCGCAUUCUCAGGAUCCACCACAGCCCCCGCGCGCUGGCCCGCUUCGAGGAGUAUCGCGACCUCGUCCGCGCCCGCGCCGCACGGCGAUGCGAGGGUGGCGCCGGCGCCGGCGCCGUCGUCGAGGAGCGGUGCAUCGCGGACGGCAACGAGCGCCUGCGCUUCCACUGCUCCACCAUGCUCUGCUCCCUGGGCGGCGCCGGCGGAGUGUGCGGGAGCCCCUACUGCUGCGUCUGCAGCACCCUGCGGCACGGGUUCGCGGGGAAGCAGGCCAACGUGGACGGCAUCGCCACCUACGCCUCCGCGUGGGCCGCGCACUCGUCGCUGCCCGAGGACGUGGAGCGCGAGUUCGCGUUCCUCCAGGUGCGCCGCGCCAUGCUGGUGUGCCGCGUCUUGGCGGGGCGCGUCGGCCGCGGCGUCGCGGACGACAAGGUGGCCUACGAUUCCAUGGUCCCCGUGCGCGUUGGAGGCGUCAGCGGCGGCGGCGGCGACGACGUCGAGAUGCUUGUGUUCCACCCCAGAGCUGUGCUCCCGUGCUUUGUCAUCCUCUACAGCUGUACAGCCGCUGGUCAGUAGCCACGAGGCGGCCAGCCAGCACGCCGUACGCCCGUACCAGUUUAUAGCCUUUCACCCUUUCUUGCCCCCUCCUCCGUUUGGUGGUGGCUGUGGUCACCGGUCGGCGGUUACUCGGCGCGGCGUGGGUACGGUCGUGGCUCGCGCGGCUGUCCCUCCCAGAGCUCUGGAUUUCUGGUUGGAUCGUGCAAUCAGCAGUCGGCAGGGGCACUGGCCAAUGGCCAUUGCCUACUUCGCUGGAUCGGAUCGAGGCAUCGGGCACUUGAUAGGCUACCCAAGUGACGUGAUGAGAUUGAGCUGAGCCUACCAUGCGACGCACCGUAGCUAUAACUUAUGUAGUGUGGCUGGCAUGUUUUUGUAGCUGUUACUGCUGUUGGUCCUUGUCAACUGUUCUACUACAUGGUCUUUCAUCUAAUUAUCCUCACUUCUCAUUUGUUAUUUAUGGACAUUUUUUAUUUUGACC